UCCUGAACUGAUCAAAAGCUAGCCAGCCAGCAAUGCCGCCUCGCCGCCUCCCCUUCGUGGCCGCCGCCGCGCUCCUCCUCGUCGUCAUGCUCCUCCUGCCCGGCGCGACCGCGGCCGACGCCGCCGCCGCUCGCGGCGGGAGGAGCCUGGCGUCCGGCUUCCUGGAGCCGCACAACGCGGCGCGGCGCGCGGUGGGGCUGCGGCCGCUGCGGUGGGACGAGGGCCUGGCGGCGUACGCGCGGCGGUACGCGGCGGCGCGGAGCGGCGACUGCGCGCUGGCGCACUCGCACGGGCCCUACGGAGAGAACCUCUUCCGCGGGAGCGGCGGCGCCGGGUGGACCCCCGCCGACGUGGUGGGCGCCUGGGUCCGGGAGCGGGCGCUCUACGACCCGCGCGCCAACGCCUGCCGCGGCGCGCCCGGCGCCUGCGGGCACUACACGCAGAUCGUGUGGCGCGGCACCGCGGCGGUCGGGUGCGCGCUCGUGCCCUGCGCCGGCGGACGCGCCACGUUCGGGGUCUGCAGCUACAACCCGCCCGGCAACUACGUGGCCGUCAGGCCCUACUGAUCCAUCAUCGAUGGGGAUCGAGGCGUGCGCGAUACGUGGAGCUCCGCGUCCGCCAUGCCACGACGUUGAGAGGGCGCGUGUAUAUAUGCUGCUGCUGAAGUGUUGAUCAUAUCAUACGGAUUACGGUUACGGAGAGGUUAAUUUUGUGUCAAAUUUUUUACGGCGAUCUCGCGAUUACAGUGGAUCCCCUCAUAUUUUUUUACUGUUCCAUCAUUCUUUUGCAUUGGUUCGGCAAUUUUACUAUUACUAAUUGGAGGCUCUCUUCACGUGAAGCCACUGAAAAAAUAGA